UUGUCGAUCGCCGUUCCAACUUCAGUUGUCCGCUGGAUGUUGGCCGAGUCGAACGCGUUGUGUACCUCCUCUCCAGUGACGUGUGUCUCUCUGCUUCCAAAACUUGUUAUUUUGAUAUCUUUUGGUUUUUGUUUUUUUGCCAACUUGAUCUGCUUGGCCAUUGGACAAGUUUGAAGUUUGAAGACAGUUGAAUUCUAGACAUAAUCAGUUGGUGGGAGACGAUUUUCGUGAUGAUUUAAUCGUGUGUAAGCUCGUGCUGGUGAUCCAUUUCAAGUGAUUCGAUAUCGAAAAGAAACACAGUUGCAUUUCCAAGGAGAAGAAGCAGAAAUCGGACAUUUUUCGGAAUCUUUUACAUCCAGUUGAUGAACGACAAUCUCGGGAUUCGCAUUCCCUUCGAGAGCGGGUCCACGAUGGCGUUGCGGAGAAGCCGAGUGGCGCUUCUGGCCGCUCUGGUCCUCUUAGCGUCGUCUGUUCGAUCUCAAGAGAACGAACUCUUUCACUGCCCUGCUGGAUGGCGACUACAGGGUCUUCACUGCUACAAGUUCUUCGAAGUGCAGCAUUCUUGGGAGAGGGCGGCCGAUUUGUGUAAACGUUAUGGCAGCGACUUGGUGGUGGUGGAAAGCUACCAGCAAAACAACAUUUCCGAAAAAUUGGCGCAAGAACAGCUGAACCCCGUGACGCAUCCGGAUGCCGCCUUCUGGCUCGGUUUGAUGUCGCUCGACGACCUUAGUACCAAUACACUUGAAGCCGCAUCCGGCUCUCUGGUCCAACAAUACGCAGGUUUCUGGCAAGUGGACCAACCGGAUGCGGAAAAGGGUCAGUGUGUUCGUGCGUCCACGGCCAACGCAGACCAGUCAUGGGCUCUGAGUUCCUGCGAGUCUUUGCUACCCUUCGUUUGCCGGGCAAAAGCCUGUCCAAAGAACAGUUUCUUGUGCUCGAACGGUCGAUGCAUAAACGGCGCCUUGCGCUGCGACACGCAAGACGAUUGCGGUGAUGGUUCUGAUGAGAACGCUUGCCCCGAAGAAUGCCAUUACCACAUGAUAUCCAGCGGCGAUUCGAUCGAGAGUCCCAACUAUCCGGGCAAAUACCGGCCACUGGCCGACUGUAAAUGGACGCUGGAAGGACCAGUGGGCACGGCCAUCAAACUGCAGUUCACGCAAUUCGACACUGAACGCACGUUCGACACGGUGCAGAUUCUGGCCGGUGGACGGACCGAAGAUUCAUCCGUCACCUUGGCCACCCUGUCCGGCAAGCAAAAUUUGAGCCAGCAGCCUUUCACUUCGGCUUCCAACUUCAUGAUCGUUCGAUUCCGUUCGGACGCCACGGUCGAGAAAGGCGGCUUCCAAGCCACGUGGAACACGGAGCCCGUCUCUUGCGGCGAGCACCUCAAGGCCCUUCCGCAAGGGAAGGAGCUGACGUCGCCCGGCUACCCUCAAGCUUACCUCGGCGGGCUGGAGUGCCUCUACGUCAUUUCGGCGCCUCUGGGCAAAGUGGUCACCCUCGUCAUCGAGGAUUUCGACAUGGAACCGCACAAAGAUUACGUGCUGAUCCGCAACGGAGCCGAAUCCGACUCUGCCAAGCUGGCCAUGCUAACAGGACGGACGGAAGAUCUGCCGGCCUACCUCCAAUCGACGACGGAGGCCAUGUACUUGUACAUCCAUUCGGACCUGAGCGAAUCUCGAAAGGGAUUCCGCUUCCGCUAUUCGGUCGGCUGCGACCUAUCGCUCGAGGCGGCCAACGGGACCCUGGUCUCGCCCGGCUACGACAUGGACGCGCAAGAUUUCCGCUACCCUCACAACCUGGAAUGCGACUAUCACCUGCGCGCCCCGGGCGGGUCGCCCUUGUCCCUCCGCUUCGUCGACUUUCAGGUCGAUGAUUCGGACAGCGUCCAAUUGUACGACGGCAGCAGCAGCAACGGCAUCAAACUCCAUCCGGCCGAAGGCUUCCACGGCAAGACGGAGCCCAAGAUGGCCACCUUUUCUGCUGACAGCGGCGACCUGCUCGUGCGCUUCAAAUCGGACGCUCUGAGAAACGAUCGCGGAUGGAAGAUCGUCUUCUCGGCUGACUGCCCGCAAUUGCCCGUCGAUGAGAACGCCGUUUCGUCCACCAAGCAGCGCACGUUCGGCAGCAAUGUCGUCAUCACUUGCCCGGCCGGCAUGGAGUUCGCCACGGGAGUCAAGAAGAUCACGACCGAGUGUCUGAACGGAGGACACUGGUCGACGCCGUACAUUCCCAAAUGUCAGACGGUUUACUGCGGCCCGGUGCCUCAGAUCGACAACGGAUUCGCCAUUGCAGCCACCAACGUGACGUUCGGCGGAGAGGCGCAGUACCAGUGCUACGCUGGCUUCGGAUUUCCUUCCGGCCAGGCCAUUGAGACGAUCCGGUGCACGGAGGACGGCCAAUGGGACAGCGUUCCUCAAUGCUCGGCCUCGCAGUGCACUCCCCUACCGGAGGUGGCGCACGCCAACGCCACCAUCCUCAACGGCGGCGGCAUGAACUACGGCUCGGUCAUCCGCUUCGAAUGCGAACCCGGUUACGUCCGGACGGGCGAUCCGGUCCUUUUGUGCCAGAGCAACGGCACCUGGUCGGCAGCUGUUCCGUCCUGUUCGAAAAUCCAGUGCCGCACUUUCCCCGAAAUUGAAAACGGAUGGGUCAGCAACCGGACGCGCAACUACUUCUUCGGCGACGAGACCCGCGCCCAGUGCUACCGCGGGUACAAACUCAACGGAACCACCGUCAUCCGGUGCGGAGCCGACGGGAAAUUCGCCAACGUGCCCACCUGUUUGGACGUGGACGAGUGCGGAGGUUCCGGCGGGAGCGCCACCUCAUCACCUUGUGACCAAGCCUCUACCACUUGCACGAACGUUCCAGGAUCGUACCAGUGCGGAUGCAAGUCCGGAUUCCUGCCCAACUUGGACUGCCGGCCUGUUGUCGACCUCGGCCUGGGCAACGGAGGAGUGCCCAAUCCAUCCAUCACCGUCUCCUCGGCUGAAAAGGGUUUCCCCAAAGAGAACGUUCGCCUCAGCACCAAGGGCGGAUGGUGCGGCGCUGAAAGCGGUUCCGGCAGCAACUGGGUCAUGAUCGAUUUCAAAGCACCGACCGUUCUGCGCGGAUUCCGCACCCAGCCGGUCUUGCGCGGAUCCAGCGGCGUAGCUUUCGCCUCCUCCAUCCGGCUUCAAUACGCCGACGACGCUGACGACCUCUUCCGCGAGUACAAGAGCCCCGAAGGAGCCCCCGUCGAAUUCCGCAUUCCCGAGGGCACCAGCAUCGCCGUGGUCAACUUACCCACAGCCAUCGAAGCUCGCUACUUCCGCCUCGUCAUUCAAGAUUACUCGGUGGCUCCCUGUCUCCGGAUGGAAAUGAUGGGCUGCACGCGCAACGAGUGCCUCGACGUGGACGAGUGCGCCGUCGCCAACGGCAGUUGCCAGCAGAAAUGCAUCAACAAUCCAGGCGGAUUCGCUUGCUCGUGCAGCGAAGGGCACGACCUUUUCAUCCAGAACGGAACGGCCGGCUUCUUCAUUUUGGAAUCGGAGACUGGAGUCCGCGACGGCGAUCGCUUCCGCAUCAAUAAGACCUGCGUCAAGAAAAUGUGCCCGGCCGUCAGCGAGCCGGACAACGGGCACAUGCUCACCACCCGUGCCAGCCAUCAUUUCGGCGAUGAAAUCAACUUCCAUUGCCGCAUCGGCUACAUCAUGGUCGGUUCCAGCAGCAUUAAAUGCACGCCAGCCGGAACUUGGAACGCGUCCGUCCCCGAAUGCCAGCCGGCUCAGUGCGUGCCUCUCGCCGACGAUCAAUCGGAAGGUCUAACUGUGACUCGUUCCGGCCCGGCUGACAAUCUCCUCGUUCCCUACGGUCAGAACAUCACGCUGUCGUGCAACGAGCCCGGCCGGCCACUUGUUAGGACCCCGGCCGCCUCGUUCCGCCAGUGCGUCUACGACCCGAGACCCGGUUUCCCUCAGUACUGGUUCUCGGGUUCGCAGCCGAGCUGCCCGCGCAUCGAUUGCGGCAAACCGCCCGAGACUCCAGGAGCCGAAUACGGGUUCUUCCCCGACACGCGUUACAAGUCCAGUUUCUUCUUCGGAUGCCAGCCGACUUUCACCCUGACUGGGCAGUCUUCUCGCAACGACAAUGUCGUCCGCUGCAUGGAGAACGGCGUCUGGGAUUUCGGCGAUUUGCGUUGCGAAGGUCCCGUCUGCGAAGACCCUGGACGACCUGCCGACGGAAUUCAGUUGGCCACCAGUUACGAGCAGGGCGCUGAGAUCUCGUUCCAGUGCACCCGACCCGGAUACAUCCCCAUCACGUCGGCGCCGAUCCAAUGCGUCCGCGAACCGGAAUGCAGCGUCGUCAGGCCGAUCGGCAUCACCUCCGGUCGCAUUGCGGAUGGCAGUUUCAACGCGACCUCAGAGCGGCGCAACUACGAGGCUAGAAAGGCCCGCAUGAAUUCGGCCACUGGCUGGUGCGCCCAGCAAGAGGAAGCCUUCACUUACGUCAGCGUCGAUUUGGGGAGCGUCCACCGCGUCAAGGCCAUCCUGGUUAAGGGCGUGGUCACCAACGACGUCGUCGGCCGACCCACCGAGAUCCGCUUCUUUUACAAACAAGAUCCGUCCGAGAAUUUCGUUGUCUACUUCCCCAACUUUAAUUUGACCUCCCGCGAUCCGGGCAAUUACGGAGAGCUGGCCAUGAUCACCCUUCCGCUCUCUGUCCAGGCCCGUUUCGUCAUCCUGGGCAUCGUGGCCUACGAUAAGAAUCCCUGCCUCAAAUUCGAACUGAUGGGAUGCCCCGACGAACCGGAGGAGGACCGUCUCCUCGGCUACGAUCUGGGCUACCCCGUCUGCGUCGACAACGAUCCGCCUCAGUUCCUCAACUGCCCGACGUCCGCCAUUCGCGUGAAACGAACGGCCGAAGGCAUGGGCGUGGUCGAUUUCGUGGUGCCCACUGCGACGGACAAUAGCGGCAUGAUCGCCAGAACGGAAGUCCGUCCAGAGGGAUUCCGCCCGCCUUUGACCGUGUUCCAGGACACGAUGGUCGAGUAUUUCGCUUACGAUUUCGACGGCAACGUUGCCAUUUGCCAAAUUAACAUCACCGUCAUCGACGAAGAGCCGCCCUUGCUCCAGUGCCCGCAGAGUUUCGUCAUCGAGCUGGUCGAGCCGCAAGAAUCGUACCAGGUCUUCUUCAACGACACGCUUCGUCGCGUCCAAGUAUCGGACGCUUCCGGCCAGGAUGUGGCGGUCACCUUCAUUCCGGAGAGCGCCUUCAUCCGCGUCGGCAGUUACGAGAACGUGACCGUCGUGGCCACGGACCCUUCCGGCAAUCAGCAACGCUGCUACUUCCAGGUGUCCGUCCAGCCGACUCAAUGCGUCGACUGGGAACUCAAAGCGCCGGCCAACGGAGCCAUCAAUUGCCUCCCGCCCAGCAACCGGCCGGCUGGAAGUGGCGGUCUCGAGUGCGUGGCCACUUGCAAUCCGGGAUUCCGCUUCACCGACGGCGAGCCGGUCAAGACGUUCCGUUGCGACGUCAAACAGCCGUGGACGCCCAGUCACGUGGUGCCCGACUGCGUGACGGAAGAGACCCAACAAGCCAUGUACAACGUGGUGGCCAAAGUUCUGUAUCGCGCCGGCGGAGGAGCCACGACUGCCGUUCCAGCAACCUGCCUCUCGCAAUACGCCGCCGUCGUCCAGCCUUUCUACGAAGCGCUGGAUCGAGCCCUGUCUGCCCGUUGCUCGGCCAUCAGCGUCGAUAUGAACGUGACGUUCGUCGAGGCUCAGACGGAAAUGCAUUUGAUCGAGGACAACAUUGCCGAAGUGACUUACGUCUUGUCCAUCAUGCCGGCCGUCCGUCAGCCGCAGCUUUACGAUCUGUGCGGAUCGACGUUGGGUCUCGUCUUCGACCUGUCCGUCCCGUCGACCAGCGCCGUCCUGACUCCGCUUCUCGACCUGGCCGCCACAUCGAACACUGAAUGCCCGCCCAUGAAGGCCGUCAACUCCUCCAUGAGCCGAGGGUUCGCUUGCGGUGUAGGUGAAGUGCUCAACAUGCCGGCCGCUGCCAAUGUCCCUCGCUGUCUACACUGUCCGGCUGGAACAUCUGCCGUCAGUGGCGCCAAAAGCUGCGCCCUCUGCCCGCGCGGAUUCUACCAAGAUCAGGAACAAUCCGGCUCGUGCAAACGAUGCCCGGCUGGAACGUUCACGCGCUCCGAAGGUUCGAAAACGGUCGAUGAAUGCAUUCCAGUCUGUGGAUUCGGCACGUAUUCUCCCACCGGACUGGUUCCAUGUCUGGAAUGCCCUCGCGACAGCUUCACUGGAUCUCCACCGGCGGGCGGAUUCACCGACUGCCAGGCUUGUCCGGCAGAUGCUCCUUUCACCCACCAGCCGGCCGCUCCGUCGGUCAGCACCUGCCGUCCGAAAUGCGCACCUGGAACCUACUCCGUCACCGGAUUGGCCCCCUGCGCUGCCUGCCCCAAUCACUUCUUCCAGCCGCUGGAAGGCAAAAUGUCGUGCAUCGAAUGCCCAGGUUCAGCCAUGACGGUCAGUCCAGGAGCCAAAAGCCGCGACGAAUGCCAACCUUUGACUUGCAAAGAAGGAUUCUGCCGCAACGGCGGCCUGUGCUUGGCUCAAACUCACAUGGCCUACUGCCACUGUCCUUCCGGCUUCACGGGACGCUUUUGCGAAGUGAACAUCGACGAUUGCGCCUCGCAGCCCUGCUACAAUGGCGGAACAUGUCGCGACCAGGAACAAGGCUACCUUUGCUCCUGCCCACCAGGAUAUUCGGGCCUCCAGUGUCAAGAGGAAGAGUCCAGCUGCAAUGGCACCACUUGCAACGAUCGUUCCAUGUGUAAAAACGAACCCGGCCAAGGUCAGUUUACUUGCCUCUGCCGAACGGGCUACACUGGGCCCAACUGCAGCAGCACCCUGGACCCGUGUUCGGAGAAUCCUUGCUCCAAUUCUGCCCAGUGCAUUCCUCUGAAGCAGGGCCGCUUCAAGUGCGUCUGCCCAGCCGGCUGGGAAGGUCCCCUGUGCGAUGAAAACGUGGACGACUGCGCCGAAUCGCCCUGUUUGUUGGGCAGCAAUUGCACGGACCUGAUCGACGACUUCAACUGCUCGUGCCCCGUCGGUUUCACUGGCAAACGUUGCGAAAUGAAAGUCGACCUUUGCCAGCCGUCACCUUGCGGCGAACACGGCCGAUGCGUCGACCGCUACUUUGACGCCCUGUGCAUUUGUCAGCCAGGCUGGACGGGUCCCAACUGCUCCGUUCAAGUGGACGAAUGCUCUGCCAACCCUUGCCUGAACGGAGGCCAAUGCCAAGACGUCGAAGGCGAUUAUCGAUGCCUUUGCGCCCUGGGCUUCACCGGCAAAAACUGCCAGCACAGCGUCGACUAUUGCGGGAGCCAGCCGUGCCAGCACGGAGGCACUUGCACCGAUGCGUUGGAGAGCUUCCAGUGCCAAUGUCGGCCCGGUUUCCUCGGCGUCCAGUGCGAGAUUGACAUCGACGAAUGCCUGGACAACCCGUGCGAUCCCGUCGGUACCGACCGCUGCUUGGAUCAGGUCAACAAAUACCACUGCCAAUGCCGGCCAGGAUUCACGGGCACCUUGUGCGAAAAUAAAAUCAACGAAUGCGCACCCGUUUCGCCCUGCCUCAACGGUGGCGUUUGCACCGAAUUGGUCAACAACUUUAAAUGCACUUGCCCAGCCGGUUGGACUGGACAGCGAUGCGAAAAAGACAUUAGUUUCUGCGAGUCUCAACCUUGUUUGAACAACGCCAACUGCAUCAAUUUGCUGGGCGAUUUCUUCUGCGCAUGCCCGUCGGGCACGGACGGUAAGCGAUGCGAGACGGCGCCGGAUCGUUGCAUCGGUGACCCGUGCAUGAACCAGGGCGAGUGCCGUGAUUUCGGAUCGGGCCUCAAUUGCACUUGCGAUGCUGACUACGUCGGUGUCGGUUGCCAGCACGAAUUCGACGCUUGCGCCGUUGGCGUCUGCCAAAAUGGCGCCACUUGUAUCGACAACGGAGCCGGCUACCAGUGCGUCUGUCCGGCCGGUUUCUCUGGCCGUCACUGCGAGCAAGACGUGGUGGAAUGCGUGCCAGGAGCUUGCCCAUUGUCGGCGACUUGCAUCGACCUCAUUGACGAUUUCUACUGCCGUUGCCCGUUCAAUCUGACGGGCGAGGAUUGCCGCAAAAUCGUCCAAACGGAUUACGAUUUCUUCUUUAGCGACGAAACUCGAAGGGCCAGCGCCUCUCUAGUCGUUCCCUUUGUUCUCGGCUCGUCGAGCUUGACUUUGGCUCUCUGGGUCCAGUUCACGAACCGAGACGACCUGGGCAACAUCUUGACGCUCUACUCGGUCGACUCUGCCAGCGUGUUGCGCAAUCAACGCACGAUGGCGCAGGUGCACAGCUCCGGCGUGCACAUUGCCCUUCUACCUGGCAUCAAGGACGUCUUUCUGCCGUUCCGGGUCAACUUGGCCAUCAACGACGGCCAAUGGCACCACAUUGCGCUCGUCUGGGACGGCCCUAACGGUGCCAUCACGUUGACCACUGACGGCGUUAUCGUCGGCCGCGUCGAAAACUACGGAGUCAAUCAGACGCUGUCUCAGUACGGAUGGAUGACGUUGGGUGCGCCCAACUCAUCCGGAAAAACCCGGACGGAUCACGGUUUCCACGGUCACUUGACGCGAGUCCAUCUGUGGGGCCGGCCGCUCGACGUCAUAACGGACAUACCCAAACAAGUACGCAGCUGCCAAUCAGCGCCCAUGCUCUUUGACGGCCUUCUGCUCCAGUGGAGCGGCUACGACCGUAUCGAGCGCGGAGUGGAACGCGUCAUGCCGUCCGCUUGCGGCCAGCGUGUAUGCCCGCUCGGCUUCUCCGGCCCUAGUUGCACUUCGCUGGACAAGGACAAGAUCCCCCCGCAGGUGGUCCGCUGUCCUAGUGACAUCUGGAUCGAAACGCGCAACGGUUCUGCCCGCGUCGACUGGAACGAGCCUCAAUUUAGCGACAACAUCCGCUUGGCCCAGGUAGAAGAAACCCGUGGCAUUCGCUCGGGCAACACGCUCGCCUGGGGAACAUACGACGUGGCUUAUGUCGCCUACGACGAAGCUGGAAACUCGGCCGUCUGCGCUUUCAAAAUCUACAUCGUCAACGAGUUCUGCCCGAAAUUGGCCGAUCCUGUUGGAGGAUCUCAGCGUUGCUCCGACUGGGGCCCCGGUGGUCGCUUCAAAGUAUGCUCGAUCGAAUGCAAUGCUGGACUAGCUUUCUCCGUGCCCGUUCCCAAAUUUUACACGUGCGGCGCCGAAGGCUUUUGGCGGCCAACCGAAGAUCCGGGCGUUUCGUUCGUCUACCCGGCCUGCAGUUCGACCAAACCCGCUCAGCGAAUCGUCAAAAUCAAACUGCAGUACUUGAGCUCCGUGCUGUGCAACGAAGCCGGACAGAGCGUCUUGUCCGACAAGGUUCGACAGGCCAUUCACAAACUGAACCGCGACUGGCGUUUCUGCAACGCCAAGGGCAGCCAAUCGGCCACCUGUAACGAACUCAACGUCAACAUCAAAUGUCAGCGUCGUCACGGUGACUUGGGCGUCAAGCGGCGUCGCCAAGUCGACGUCAACGACGAUGUCUACGACAUUGAAAUCAGUUUCCCGGCCGAAAGCGAUCCCGUGACCAACAUCAACACUCAGGAGAAGUCGACCAUCGAACGCCUGUUGGAGACCAUCAUCUUGGAGAAGGACGACUUCGAUGUCAGCGAUUCGCUGCCGACGACCGUGCCCGAUCCCGCCACUCUGUCCAUUUCAGCCGAUUUCACUUGCCCCGUAGGACAAGUGGUCCGUGGUUCCGAGUGCGUGGCUUGCGCACCGGGCAACGCAUUCGACAUGGAGAAGAAGAACUGCAAACCUUGUCGUGUGGGCACGUUCCAGGACCAAGCUGGACAGACGCAGUGUAAGAUCUGCCCCGUCAUCGCCGGCCGGCCAGGCACAACUUUCGCCUCUGGAGCUCGUUCUGCCACCGAUUGUAAAGAACGUUGUCCGGCCGGCAAAUUCUACAGCGAAGAGACGCAACGUUGUUUGAACUGCGGUUUCGGCCAUUACCAACCGGCCGAGGGAUCGUUUGCCUGCCGUUCUUGUCAGGCCGGUCUGACGACGCGGACGGAUCAGGCCAUCUCUUCCGACGAAUGUUCUGAAGAGUGCCCAACCGGCCUUCAGUUGACGUCGUUAUCCAACAACGCGACGUGCGAGCCGUGCCCGAAAGGAACCUAUCGCACCAAAGGACGCGAGAUGGCUUGCCAACCUUGCCCGGCAGGAUACACAACCACCCGGUCCGGUUCGGCCACUGCGGAAGAAUGUUCAGAACCGAAAUGCCAACCGGGCUCUGCUCUUUCCAAGGAGAAUACUUGCGUUCUCUGCCAGGUGGGCAGUUACCAACCCAACGCCCAGCAAACCAGUUGUCUGCCUUGCCCACCCGACACCACGACCAAAGUGGCCGGCGCCGUCCUCAAGUCGGACUGCUCGAAUCCCUGCAGUCCCGCCACCAACCAGACCAUCUGCCCCAUGAACGGCGUUUGCCUUUUCGUGGCCAGCACCAACGUGCACCGUUGCGAAUGCAAGGCUGGAUUCACGCCCGUUCCUCCCGACAAUCCGACCGACUUCAUUUGCAUGGACAAAUGCGACAACUUCUGCAAAAACGACGGCAAGUGUCGUCGCGAUCGUGCAACAGGCGAACCUUACUGCCAGUGUACUGGCAGCUACACAGGCCAGCAGUGCGAGGCCCAGUCUAAUUUCGCUUACAUCGUUGGUGGAAGUGCUGGUUUCGUCGUGUUCUUGAUCCUGCUCGUUCUGUUGAUCUGGAUGAUCUGCGCCAGGACAUCGCGACGCCGCGACAGCCAAGCUAAGGCGGCGGCCAACGCCGCUGUCGUUGCCGGCGAUCCUUCGGGCAGCCAGGCCAAUUUCUACUACGGGUCGCACGCGCCGUACGCCGAGUCAAUUGCUCCAUCGCAUCAUUCCACUUAUGCGCAUUAUUACGACGAAGAGGAAGACGGAUGGGAAAUGCCCAAUUUUUACAACGAGACCUACAUGAAAGCAGAGAACCUACACAACGUGAACAAGGGGAACAGUCUAGCACGCUCCAACGCCAGCUUAUAUGGUAACAAAGAAGAAUUGUAUGACCGUCUCAGACGACACGCCUAUCAGGGAAAGAAAGAGAAAAGUGGCAACGAGACGACUAGCGAGAGUGACGGACAUUAGCUUUUAGGUUUACAUAAGAGAAAAACAACGAAACUAUUGAAACGAACAUGUCGCUUCUUUGUGUUAUUGCUUUCAAAAAGGAAUUCAAGUCUCGCCUUUCUUCACGACUUUGAAUUGUCGAUUCCCCAAUGUGGUCUAAGGGUCAUCGCCAAAAUUUCAUUUGGAGGGGUUUUAUUUUUGGUGUUUUGAACAAUCUUUUUCUUUUUUUUUUUUCUUUUUUUUUAAUCUUUCCAUUGCGUUUUUAUCGACGGCAUUCAUUUUUGUGACUUUACGACGUGAUCCUGGUGCUACGAUGGCGCGCCAUGGAUUUCUAGCCAAGCGAACGGGGAAAGGCUGCGCAGACGCGAGAAACGAACAUUUUUUUUUUUUUCGUAUAGACCUUCAUUCUUCUCUUCUUGUUUGACAAUUAUUUGCUCUUUUAUUGGGGAUCUUAAUUUAUGACCGAAACUGUACGCUUUUAAUUACAUUUCUGUCUGUCAUUAUUUCCAAUUAUAAUUAAGUGUGUUAUAUCAUCAACCAAAACAAUUUUUUUUUUCUUUCGUUUUCCGUGUAAUCUCUGCUGGGCGACGUACUGCGGUUCGCACUUUUAGUGAUGUCUGUAAUUUUUUGUGCAACGCAUUCCUUGCGUGAUUUGUGUUUGAUUUUGAAUCAUCAAUAUAUAUAUAAAUCCAUAA